GCAGCCACUGCUAAAGUGUGAAUUGACAGAUGACUGGUAAUCGUCAGUCAUGGCUCUGCCUCGGGUUUUUAAGUGGCAACUCUUUUGAGUUUUUCCAAAAGAUAUUCUCCUUAAGGUGCAACCUUUAUCUGGGAGAAUGAGCUUAUUUGGGGGUAACACAGCUCCUGAUGGAGAUUGCCCUGACGACCGCGUGUUCGCUGUGGAAGGAUGUCCGAGUGGGGAGUCUCCAGUAAUCUCCAGGAGAAGACUUCACUCUGCGGAGGAAGCGAAAUCCAGCAGUCGGCCUCCUCCUGAGGGUGCCGGGUCGGUUUCCAUAUCCGAGUCGGAGGAGAAAGGGGGCUUUUGCCAGCAAUGUCAGAAGAAAGUAUCAGACCUGAAGAGGCAGGCGCUAGCCCUGGCUGAUCAAAAUUCAUUGAAGGACCCUGGAUAUGCAACCUUCCUGUUCGAGCAGCUUCAGAUACCUGGAAAUCGUGAACCUGGCUGUUGCCAGGUGUGCUCCACACCUCUCCAUCAACUGAGGCAGGAGGCCUUGCAGACACUCCGCACACCUGCCAUUACCAUCAGCUCAGACAUGGAAGCCUUGCCCACCACAUCUUUUUUACCUCAGCCUUCUAGAUUCACUGUGUCGUCCUCCAGCGCCCACUCCAAGCAGUUAUCAAAAAGCCAGCCCACCACCCGCUCUGUUCUGUCUCUUGGGGAGCGACACAGGGUACCAGGCUGGUCCCAGAGUCCCGCUACCUCAGGGCCCAAGACCAGUGUACAGGUGACAGUAGCAGGAGGACAACUCAGUGGAUCCCUCAGCACCGUCACUAUCCAGGCACAACAGUACCUUGAGGGCAUGUGGAGCAUCUCCAGAGUCAACAACUUUCUUCCUCAGCCUAAACAUGCCCAAGCUUUAAAGGGGGAGGCAGACAGGGAUGGCACAGCCUUGGAGUCCGCUGUCACCACCAUGACCAACACCACCAGUUGCAGUGGCAGCACCCUGACGCCCUGCCGACUGAGGGGCUCCAUCCAAGCGGGAAUCCCAGCACCUGUAACCUGUGCAUCAACCUCCCCUUCUCCUUCUUCAUCUGCAGCAGCUUCAUUCUUCAUCAGGGCAGCUCAGAAGCUGAACCUCUCUUCCAAGAGGAAGAAACACCAGCCCUCACUGAUUCACCCGCAGGAGCCUUCUAUUUACCCCACCAACUUCAGUGGCAUCCUGCAGGUCUCGCCUCCCCCUGCCCCACCAUGCCUGCUACGAGCUGUGUCCAAAGUGAAAGAGAAUCCAGGGAUGGGAAAGGUGAAAGUGAUGAUGCGUAUCUGUCCACCUCUGGAGACUGCAGACUCCUCAGAGUCGCAGUCCUUCUUGAAAGUCGACAGCAGAAAGAAGCAGCUGACACUCUACGACCCAGCGUCCAGCCCACACUCAAGCUCAGGGCACAGGAGAUCCGCCACUGUGGCCGUCCCAAAGAUAUUUGCCUUCGAUGCUGUUUUUACCCAGGAUGCCUCACAAGCUGAGGUGUGCUCAGGGACAGUAGCUGAGGUCAUCCAGUCUGUGGUGAAUGGUGCAGACGGCUGCAUCUUCUGCUUCGGUCAAGUCAAGCUCGGCAAGACAUACACCAUGAUUGGCAAAGACAGCUCCACUCAGAGCCUCGGCAUUGUGCCCUGUGCCAUUUCCUGGCUCUUCAAGCUCAUCAGUGAGCGCAAGGAGAAGACUGGCACACGCUUCUCAAUCCGUGUGUCUGCAGUGGAAAUCUUUGGAAAAGAUGAAGAGCUGAAGGACUUGCUGUCUGAAGUGUCAACAGGCAGCCUACAGGAAGGCCAGUCCCCAGGAAUCCAUCUGAAAGAGGAUCCCAUCUGUGGCACUCAGCUUCAGAAUCAGAGUGAGCUUCGUGCCCCCACCGCAGAGAAAGCUGCCUUUUUCCUGGAUGCGGCCAUCGCUGCACGCAGCACCAGCAGGCCAAAUGUUGAUGAGGAUGAAAGACGCAAUUCCCACAUGCUGUUUACACUGCACAUUUACCAAUACCGCAUGGAGAAGAGCGGCAAAGGCGGAAUGUCAGGCGGACGGAGCAGGCUGCACCUCAUUGACUUGGGGAGCUGUGAAAAGGUCCUAAGUAAAAGCAGAGAUGGAGGGGGAGGUUUGUGUCUCUCCUUGAAUGCACUGGGAAACGUCAUAAUGGCGCUGGCAAAUGGAGCAAAACAUGUACCUUACAGGGACAGCAAACUGACAAUGUUGUUGAGGGAAUCCCUCGGCAACAUCAACUGCAGGACCACAAUGAUUGCCCACAUCUCAGAUUCCCCAGCCAACUAUGCCGACUCUCUCACCACUAUCCAGCUGGCAUCCCGCAUUCACCGCAUGAGGAAGAAGAAAUCUAAGUAUGCAUCCAGUUCAUCUGGAGGGGAAAGUUCGUGUGAGGAAGGGAGGAUUCGCCGGCCACCCCACCUUAGGCCCUUCCACCCUCGAACAGUAGCCCUGGACCCAGACCUGCCCUCCCUGCUCAGCGACCCAGACUACUCUUCUAGUAGUGAACAGUCUUGUGAUACUGUAAUUUAUGUGGGCCCUGGAGGAACUGCAAUCUCCGACAGGGAGCUUAGUGACAACGAAGGCCCACCUGCCUUUGUUCCAAUCAUCCCCUCCUUGAAUAAGAAGAAAUCCUCAAAAGAGGGCCCUCUGGACAGAGACCAGUUCUUUAAAUGUAACACAUUUGCUGAGCUGCAGGAGAGGCUGGAGUGUAUAGAUGGUAGUGAAGAACCCACUGCCUUUGUUGGAGAGGGCAAGCGGAGCCAGGCUAGCCCCAAGACUGACAAAUCAAAGGAGAGCCAAGGCUUGAAUUCACCAAAGACUGUAGCAAAUAUUUCUACCAACCAAGAGGGCGCCUCAACCAAACAAUCUCCUAAAUCAGUCCCCACACAACUAUCUUGUAGUCCCAAUGCUAAAUCUAAAGCAGACAAUGCUAAGAGGCAAUGCAUACCUGCAGAAAGGGUGCCAUCGGAGAAUCAGUGCAGAACCAGUGCUGAUGGUGAGAAGGCCUUGGUCUUUGAAAGCCCAGUUAGUACAAAUAAACUUGGACCAGCUACAGUGCCAAACUCAGAGCCUGUGGUGAGGGAGAAAGUCUACUUCAACAAGAAAGCAUUGCCAAAACCAGCCCCACCUCCUACACAGCAAAUAGAAAAUGGAGGCAAUGAAGAAAGAUCCAGCACCAGAAUGCCACCUGUGGGAAUGAGCCACCAAGCUAUGAAAAGAAGAGACCCUUACACUUCCCCUUUGCUCAGAGCUCCAGUGGAGGUGUGCCAAGUGCGCUCAACCUUAAGGGAAAGGUCUCUUGAUCAGGACAUUCUUAGAGCUACUGUUACUCUGCAGCAACCCGUGGAGCUGAAUGGAGAGGAUGAGUUGGUGUUCACUGUGGUGGAAGAGCUGUCUAUUGGCAGUAUUAUGGAUAAGGGUCGGCCAUCAAGCAUUAUUAGCUUUAACAGUGACUGUUCACUUCAGGCCUUGGCCUCUGGCUCCCGACCUGUAAGCAUCAUCAGCAGCAUCAAUGAUGAAUUUGAUGCCUAUACAUCAUCUGUGGGAGGAUCAGAGGUGAACAUUGCAGUGGUCACACCCCUUCAGGAAGGAGCAACAAACUGUAUAGACAGUAGGGGUUCAUCCAUCAGCUCUUGGCUGAGUGAGGUUAGUGUGUGCACCAUGGAAAGUGAAGGGGCUCAUUCUACAGACGUUUUCCUUCCACGGUCCAAACACAUGGGACCAGAGGCCACGUUUUACUUCGAUUCCCUUGAUAUCUUUCAUUGCGCAUCAUCUCCUAGAGAUGCCAAGAACUCCUUAAAUGACAGUGGUUUUAGUUUUUCUGAACAAGACAGUGAUAGUGCUGCCUCAAGCAAACUAUCACUGACAAAAUGCCCCCCAUCACCAGAAUCAACAAAAGGCUCUCUCAGAUUCACAUCUAAAUUAACUAAAGCUCAUUCGCUUAGUUCUUCCCCACUUUCACAGGGCCCCUCUUUAGUCCACUCUAGUCUUCCCAGGAAGAUUAAGCCUACCUCAUCCAUUUCCCAUAGUAGUAACAGUAGCAACAGCAGUAGAGAUCCACCAAGGCAGCAAGUUAAGCAGGCGGAUCCCUGGCAGCGUGUUGACAACCACUCAGAACCUCAAUUUUCUGACUCUAGCAACACCAGCAAAUUUCUCAGAAAUCCCCCAAGCGGUAUUCCUUCUAGCAAACCAUCCAACAACACCAACAGUGUACCUCGCCCACCCAAGGUGCAAGGUCCUACCUCAUCCCAGAGGGUGGUUGAUGGCUGUGAGAAGUCAGCAAUUAAGAAUCCACCCAGUAAAAUGCCUCUGCUGAGACGAGGUGCCACCACCCUGGGGACGGUGCCUGUCAUCCAUUCCUCUACAGACUACAAGGGAACCCAAGAAAUCAUUGCAUCUACCACAAGCCUUAAAUUCUCCUCUUUGGGGAAAAACAAGGCUAGUUCACAGAAAGCGAGUAAUAUCCCUAAACCUGGCUGCAUCUCGCCCCCUCCACCUCCAGUUCGAAAGUCUAGUCUUGACCACAAGACAAAGAUCCUGCUGCCCCAAAGUGCCUUAAAGUCAGCAUAUGGGGAUGCAGGGAGGACUUCCGGGGCAAGGACAACUGUAUCAGAGGAUGAGCUUGAGGUACAACAAAGAGUUGACUCCACCAGUUUCAAAACUUCCAGCCUCAACACAUCCAAAGUUACCUCAAGCCUGAAGGCCAAAGGGCCUAGAGGAGAGACUGAUCUGCAUUAUAGUAGCCAAAUGUCACUGGAAAGGUGUGAAAGCCUGUCUUUAUCUGGUUCUAGAGCUGCACUUAAUAGAGAGAACAGUGGAGCAAGUCUGGGUGGCAAAUCUAACAGGUCAAUUCCAAGAUUUGGUAUCCCUAACUCAUCUAGCUCUCCUAUAGCUACCUGUCCAUCUACUCCAAGUGGAGGAAAUAAUAGCAAAACUGGUCAGGUGAAAGCUUCUGUAAAUCCCAGAGCAUUAGGAGCAGUUAAUAGUAGUAAAGCACGGUCACUGUCAGCCAACAGUUCUAAGGGUCUUAGUUCCUCAACAAAAUCUUUGGCAUCUCCUGUGUCGAGAAACACCAAUGCCAACCUACCUCCGUCAGGACGAACGCCAGCCCCUCGGACUACUACUCCAGCCACUAAUAAGCCUGGGAGAGGGACUAUCAUGGGUACAAAGCAGGCAAUUAGGGCAGCAAAUAGUCGCGUGAGUGAACUUGCAACAGGCAACAUAUCAGGCAAACACGGGAAAGGUUCAGGAGAUUCAGACAGUGGGAAUGACAGUGGAGUAAAUGUGAAUGAUGACAAAUCGCCCAUAGCCAUGCUGCCCUCUCCAUAUAGCAAAAUCACUGCACCUCGACGGCCUCAACGCUACAGCAGUGGCCAUGGCAGCGACAACAGCAGUGUGCUGAGCGGGGAGCUGCCUCCAGCUAUGGGCCGCACAGCUCUGUUCUACCACAGUGGAGGCAGCAGCGGAUAUGAAAGCAUGAUCAGAGACAGUGAAGCUACAGGCAGCGCUUCCUCUGCCCAUGACUCCAUGAGCGAAAGUGGCAUGUCGUCUAUAGGCAGAGCAAGGAGCUCCAAGUAUCCCAAGAAGAGAGCUAAUGGCUUCCAGAGGAGGCGGCUGAUCCCAGCACCCUUGCCAGACACCUCAUCCCUAGGGAAGAAAGUGAGCACAGCAGGCCAGUGGGUGGACUUGCCUCCUAAAUCUGGACCGCUGAAGGAGUCCUUUGAGAUCAAAGUGUAUGAGAUUGACGAUGUGGAACGGCUCCAAAGACGGCGUCAAGAGGAAAACACAGAGCAACCAUUCCAAGAUGUUGACAAGGGCCUGCUGUAUUUUAACAGUAAGCUAAAGAUGCUGGAGAGAAGGCAACAGCAAGUAAAAGAACUACGGGCAAAGCAUCAAGUGUUGUUGGAGGAGCUGGAGGACACAAAGGCUCGACUGAUGAUGGAGCCCAGCAAGUGGGUAGGAGAGUUUGAGGUGGACCAGAGUUUGGACAAGGAGUCUCCAGAAUACCUGGAAGCUUUGGCCCAGGCCACUGAGGAGCUGGAGUUCUGUGUCAACCUGUGCAAGUCCCACGUCAUGAUGGUGACCUGCUUUGAUAUCAGCAUGCCAUCAACGUUGGGCACUCAGGAGGGACUGCGUGAAGUCGAAGUCUGAGGACAAAAGAAAGUAGAAGUGGAAAGGAAAGAGCAAGUGUAAAGACAAGGGAAGAAGAAAUGUAGCAGUAAUUCAGUAGAUGCCACUUGGAUGAACAACAAGACACAGACAAGAUGAAAGUGGAGCUUUACAAGAAAACCGCCACACAGCUUCUGUGCUGCGUUGACAUGGCAGAGAAAAAAAAGCAUGAGCACAAAUGCUGUUGCCUCUGUGGCAAGGCAGUGGCCAUCACUUACUCAUGAGUCAAUGAACAACACCUGGAAGUGCCUUCUUUAUUGUUUUUUAUUCAUUAUUUUUCAUAUGGUGCAGGUAUCUUCAGCAUACCUAAGCAAACCUGAACAUAUGGCUUUUAAGAAAAAUAUUUUAUAUUGCAUUGUAUAGUGUAUUUAAAUAAAUAUGUGGUGUGUAUAUUUAUCUUUUUAAGGGGGAAAAGAAAAAAGAAGAAGCAAUAAGCUAAUGUUAUUGCGCUCCCGUACUUUGCCUUUUCUCUUGUUUCAAACCUCAGUCAGCAUUUUAUUCAUGUUCAUUCAGCCUCUUGCGCCUUAUUUUAACUCUGGUUAUGUGGUUUCCUAGAUUUUUCAAGCUGGAUUAUGUUAUAUCAUCAAGGACUACAUUUGCUGUUGUCGCUUCUGUCCUGCUAGCUGGCUUGUGAAAGCUUGCAGGGUGGAGUGAAUGUUUUUCCCUCCAGUUGCCUUGAUCAAAAUAGGUCUCAGUGGAUGCACUAAGUUAGAUCAGCAGUGAUGUUGGAGGAAGGUGAGCUUAUUCAAGCUGUGCUUGCCCAUGUUUAUCUAAGUGAGAAUGAGAUAUUAAGCCAAAACAUAUCAAUCAGAGGGGCUACUGUGAUGGACAGUGAGUGAUUAUUCUUGAUUCAGCCAUUCUCUCUGGUGCCUCAGUAAGUGGUCAUGCAACCCUCAGAGACUUCCUUUCUCUCACCUGUGACGUUAGUAUGAUGAAUGGUGACACUGAUAACGGUGCUCAUCACUUAGUCCAGUUUUACUCCAAAUAGGUUUGGAGUGGGGGAGUUUUCUAUAUACGGGAAAACAAACAGGCACAGAUGAGACAGCACAAGUCUGCCAGCCUCUAUAGUGCUUUUUUCCCCCCAAGCUCUGCCAAACCUCGGCUCUAUGCAUUCCAAUACAUUUAUACUACAACUACUUUAAGAAACUCAGUACUGGCUUGAAUUCAGAAACAUAGUUUGGCCACACUGCUACAUGACUGUUUUUUUUUUUUUUUUUUAACUAUUUUAAAAACAGUGUUAAUUAGGUGUUUUAAACAAAGACCUCCAAAUUGUUAAUUUCUAUGAAAGCAUGCAAAGAAGCGGACAAAAGAUCAUGGCAUUGUUAGACUAAAUCAAUCAUGUUAUCGGCUCUUUGAAGCUACUAGAAUAUGCUUAUGAAUCAAACAGCUGACACGGAGAGAACAAAGAGAGGUGAAAAUGAUUGUUACAAAAAUAAGACUGGUUAUGAUGUGUCUUGUGUUUGAUUUCUAUAUCUAUGACUUCAUUUGGCUUUUGUUUCCUUUGAAAGAAUUUACUCUCUCAGGCCCUCUCUUAAGAUGCUGCAUGAGAUUUUUUUAAGUAUUUUUAAGGAUGAUUUCUACUCCAUUUUUAUCAUUCAGAUUUUUUUACAAUAAGUUCACUUUUCACUAACAUGGGGUUAGGCUCAUGAACUAAAUGAUUAUUACCAAACCAAGACCUUUUUUCCAAGAAAUUAUAUGUGAGGUCAUAUUUCAUAUCAAAACCCAUAUUUUCUAAUACCUUUGUUUUUGUAUAGGAUUUUCACACCUUGUGUAUAAAUGUAUAAUACGGCAGCUUGUGUUCUCUUUUAUAGUAUCUGUGAAUAAAAUGUUUCU